AUGGAGGCGCUCGGCCUGGACUGGCUGCUGGCCCCGCUGCACCAGCUGGUGUCUUGGGGCGCGGCCGGCGCUAUGGUCUUCGGCGGCGUGGUGCCCUACAUCCCGCAGUACCGGGAUAUCCGCAGGACCCAGAACGCCGACGGCUUCUCCACCUACGUGUGUCUCGUGCUGCUGGUGGCCAAUAUCUUACGGAUUCUCUUCUGGUUUGGAAGGCACUUUGAAUCUCCUCUUCUGUGGCAGAGCAUAAUCAUGAUCUUGACCAUGCUGCUGAUGCUGAGACUCUGCACUGAAGUUCACGUCAACAGUGAGCUGAAUCUCAAGCGCCGCUCUUUUGCAGCAUCUGAUAGUAAGGAUGAAGAAAUCCGAGUUCCCCUCAGGCGUUCCUAUCUGGACUUUGACCCUCAACACUUCUGGUGCUGGAGCAGCUUCUCGGACUACGUGCAGUGUGUGCUGGCCUUCUCGGGUGUGGCGGCCUAUAUCACUUACCUGUGCAUCGACUCAGUCCUCUUCGUGGAGACUUUGGGCUUCUUAGCCAUGUUCACCGAGGCUAUGCUAGGUGUGCCGCAGCUGUACCGUAACCACCGCCACCGGUCCACGGAGGGCAUGAGCAUCAAGAUGGUUUUGAUGUGGGCCAGUGGGGACACCUUCAAGACUGCCUAUUUCCUGCUGAACCAUGUGCCGCUGCAGUUCUCCAUCUGCGGCCUGCUGCAGAUGCUGGUUGAUCUGGCCAUCCUGAUGCAGGCCUACACUUAUGCCCGCUGCUCCCCAAAGCCAGCGCCCCACCCUGCCCACCCAAGCAGUGCUAAGGCCCUCUAA